AUGUCUGGCACGCAGACAUGGGCCCCCUCGUUACGCUCUAGGAUUACCGUGUGCCUGGUCGUCACCUUGGCUCAGGUGAUCGCCGUGACCUGCCAAGAAGAAAGCAAGAAAGAUUCCUGCUCAGAAGACGGAAAAGUCUACUCCAACUAUGAGAUAUGGAACCCCGAGCCGUGUCGAGUCUGUAUUUGUGAUUUGGGGACGGUGGUUUGUGAGGACGUGGUGUGUGAGGAUGUAGGUGACUGCGAGACCACAGAGACCCCCGAGGGCGAGUGCUGCCCCGUGUGUUCGGCUGCAGCACUGCGGCCUGAUGCAGACGCCGACACCUGCACAGAAAAAUGGAAAAGUCUACGCGCUCACAACGACAUGUGGAACCCGGAGCCGUGUCGGAUCUGUGUGUGCGAUACGGGG